GAGGUAUCGUCAUGCAGACUGAACGUGUACGGCGCCGGCUGUGCCGAACAGCUGUUGUGACAUAACCUGCGUCUAUUCAAAAUGCUGCGCCGUAUAUUACCCGCGGCGCGACUGUCGCUGCAGCUGACAAAACCUGCAGUUACAGCAACCCGUUCGAGCAGCUACAGCGUCUAUGAGCCGGACUACCUCGAGUCACUCAAGCCCAAGUUCCCGCAAUACGAGAGCCUUAAUGUGCAAAUCAAAGGCUACGAUUAUCCGCUGCUCGAGAGCUAUCAACGUUUCCUGCACAGCGUGGCCGAGUAUCUGGAUCUGGAUGUCUCCGAUUGCUAUGCUCUGCCCCCGCAGCAGACCCAAGUGCAACGGCUGCGGCCCAACUCCACGGUCAUUGAGUCCGAGUACAAGCUGACCACCUACGAACGCAAUCUGCAGCUGUGCAAUGUGGAUGCACCGAUCUAUCCGCAAUUUCUGCGCAUUGCACAAGCGGCGCUGCCCGAGGGCGUUCACCUGUCCGUUUCGGAGCACACGGAUGAGCUUGAGGAGCGUCGCUAUGUGCCUGACAGGGAUCUGCUCGAUCUGAAGGCGGAACUGGAGCGCAUGGGCGGCGCCACACCCACAAAGAAAAAAUAACAAAAACCAUUGUC